UAGAGCAAUCCAUUUCCCAAAGAGUGUGGGAGGGAGACCGACAGAAGUGAAUGGCCCAAGUCCUGGAUUCACAGCUUUAAAAGCAGGAGCGCCGUUUGGAGAUUGGGAUAAUUCUGCACCUGGCCUGGAGAGAGUGAGGUGGAAUAUAGCAGAGUUCAUCUGGAGGUUUUCACUCACUGUGAGCGCAGAGAGUCAUUAACAGGGUGAGCUGUAGUUCAGGGGGUCCAGAUGGCAGGCAUGAGGGGCCCGGCCUGCACUGGAGUCUGGCUCUAGAGUCCACAGAGGCUCCCGCUUCAACUGGACAUUCCAAAAGGACGUGUGCCCAUGAGGUCGUCACCACUGGUCCUGCUCCUCCUGAUCGGCGUCCAGGCUGUACAGAACAUGGGAGGUGGAUUGGCCCGGCGCGCCGGAGCAGCCGACCACAACGUCGAACAGCAGGCGACAGCCAAUCACAGAGCAGGACGGCCGCAGGCGGCAGUGAGGGACCACCUCUCUGAACGCCCUCCUACACAAGAGCACCAAAGGACCAGCCACCAAAGGACCAAGAGGCCCCAUCGGGCAGCUUCAUACACACAGGAUAGAAGCCGCGUCGUCGGGCAAUCUGCGUUGGACUCCCCCCCGGAACCUUUCAACCCAGUAGUGGACCCCAAGCUCUUCUCCAAGAGACGAUACCGCUCCUCGCCCCGCGUUGUCUUCAGCGAGGUGGCCCCGUCACAAGAUGCCCUGGAAGGCGAGGGAUAUGACCUUGGAGGGGUGAGGGGGUUGAGAGUAAGGCGCACGGCGGGCUCGCACACCAUGCACCGAGGGGAGGUCUCGGUGUGUGACAGCAUAAAUACCUGGGUGGGUAACCUGACACGAGCCAUAGACAUGGCUGGGAAUGAGGUGACGGUGCUGCCCUUCGUCACGAUCAACAACGUGGUGAAGAAACAGUUCUUCUACGAGACCACCUGCCACUCGCCGACGCACGGAGGCUCCGGGGCCGCGAGCGCCGGAAGGCCGGGCGGGCGGGGCCGCAAACAGGGUAACAGAUCGGGCUCAUCGGGCUGCCGCGGCAUCGACAGUGGCCACUGGAACUCCUACUGCACCAACACACACAUAUUCGUGAGGGCCAUGACCAUCUUCAAGGAAAUGAUAGCCUGGCGUUUCAUCCGCAUCAACGCUGCGUGUGAGUGUGUUCUGAGCAGGAAGUCUUAUAAAAUAGCGCGCCAGCCGGGGGGCAGGGGGGCUAUGAACUAAGCACACACAUUUCUACUAAACAGCCACUGCAGCUUUAUUGCCAAUACUGUAAUCCUCUUCCCCACCUCCAAACACACACACACACACGUAUUACACACAUUUACACACAUACAGAAACAGCUUUAUCAAUCCAACCCUUUGGCCCCUGACCCUACCUCAGCCUGAGAAGUCCUGGUUGUUUUAAGUUAUGAGGACCGCAUGUCAUAUUUAUAGUUUAUACAGUCAAAUAUGAAAGUAUAUACAGUAUGUGUAUAUAUAUUAAAUGAAUUCAAGCUUUUAAUGUUGUUGUUAUUGUUGUGUUGUUCAUGCUGUUAUUUAUUAAACACCUCAGUACUUGCCUGG